GGACAGCCCGGGCUCCUGAGCGCCGCGGGCCUGAGAGGACCCCAGCGGCAGUCUUAGUGCAGGGCCGGGUGGACGCGGCGGCGGCGGCGGUAGCGGGCCUUGAGACUGACUGCCGUGGUUGUUUUGGAGCGCAUUUGGCAGGCCACCUUCGCCGCCCUGGCUGACAGUCGUGCGGCCGGCGCCAUGUCUGUGAGCGAGAUCUUCGUGGAGCUGCAGGGCUUUUUGGCUGCCGAGCAGGACAUCAGAGAGGAAAUCCGAAAAGUUGUACAGAGUUUAGAACAAACAGCCCGAGAGAUUUUAACUCUACUCCAAGGGGUCCAUCAGGGUGCUGGGUUUCAGGACAUUCCAAAGAGGUGUUUGAAAGCUCGAGAACAUUUUGGUACAGUAAAAACACAUCUAACGUCUUUGAAGACCAAGUUCCCUGCUGAACAGUAUUACAGGUUUCAUGAACACUGGAGGUUCGUGCUGCAGCGCUUGGUCUUCUUGGCGGCCUUCGUUGUGUACUUGGAAUCAGAAACCCUAGUGACUCGAGAAGCGGUUACAGAGAUCCUCGGCAUUGAGCCAGAUCGGGAGAAGGGAUUUCAUCUGGAUGUAGAAGAUUACCUCUCAGGAGUUCUAAUUCUUGCUAGUGAACUGUCGAGGCUGUCGGUCAACAGCGUGACUGCAGGAGAUUACGCGAGGCCCCUGCACAUCUCCACCUUCAUCAAUGAGCUGGAUUCCGGCUUCCGCCUUCUCAACCUCAAAAAUGACUCCCUGCGGAAGCGCUACGACGGCCUCAAGUAUGAUGUGAAGAAGGUGGAGGAGGUGGUCUAUGAUCUCUCCAUCCGAGGCUUCAACAAGGAGACGGUGGCGGCCUGCUCGGAGAAGUAGGAAUCCCACCUGCCCGCCUGCCCUGGCAAGCUCUGCACUUGCUGUUCCUAACCGGUUGUGUGGUGUGUCAGAAGUGAAACACUUUUAUAGGGGUGAAAGGAUGGCCUUUAUAAGGACAGAUUUCUUGUUGUUUUGGUGAAUUUGCUCUGUAAUUCAGUGUAUUUCAGUUCUUUCCAAAACUGUAAAUGUCAGUCUCCCGGUAAAGUCCUUUUCUUGCUUACCCUGACGCUGUUGCUGUACUGAUUGAGAAGUUUCCUGUCGUGUUUGUGAUUCUUCCAGAAGUGAUCCUUGAUGUUUUCUAUAUCCAGGUUAGCCAUCGGUACCCAGAUACAGCCUGGAUACGUAUCAAAAUAGAUGAUUACAAAGGAUGGUUGCCAAGCAAAGGAAACUUAUUUUCUAUUUUCCUUCCUUAUUUUAAGCCUUGUGAAUAAAUCAGAUGUUGAGUUUUUUUGCAGGGGAAUUACAGCCCCAGGGUUCUCUCUCACUGCCAUCUAAAUAUAAAAGAUUAAACUGCAAAGUCAAGUCCAACAGAUUAUUUUGGGACAUUUUUGUAUUAAGGGUUGAGUAACAUCAUUUGGCUCUCUUUACCAGGUAGGGAAUAGGGUUAGUGUUUUAAGACACCUCUGUUUUCUGAUGUUGCCUUAACAUUCUGCAAUUGUAGCAAUUAAAAAUUGUCUCCACACACAUCUUGAGCUAACAUUUCAUAUGAUAUGUUUCUAAGCUUUGAAACCUUUUACUUAAUAGCCAGGUGACCAUUAGGUCUGGAAGUGUGAAGCCGCUUAGUGGAGUUAAUUCUCAACACCCUGACUGGGAAAGUUCUGAGAGAAAUAUGCUAUGCUUUAUCUGGAAGAAAGAGAAAAUCUUGAAUUAAAAACAAAAAAAUUAGCUGACUUGGUAAUGAUCUUUAAUUUUUUUUUAAAUUUUUUGGCUGCACCUGCAGUGAACAGAAGUUCCUGGGCAGGGAUGGAACCUGCCCCAUAGCAAUGAUUAGAGCCACAACAGUGACAGCGUGGAUCCCCAGCCUGCUGAGCCACCAGGGAACUCCUGGUAAUGAUUAUUAGAGUAAACAAUCCAGUUUGUUGAUUAUCCCAACAGAUAUGUUUUAGAUUUGCAGCUUGGGGCAGGUCACAUGUCUUAUUGGCAACACCCCCCCACACACACACCAUUUUCAGAUAGUACUUGCCUUGUAACUUCUGUUGUUGAAUUGAAAUUAUGAAAAUGGUGACGUCAUCCACAGUAUUUGGGAGUUAACGGACAGGAAGGUGCCAUUGUGUACAGAAUAAAAUGUAUUUGGAGGUAUCACCCUCUCAUGCCUAAUGCCAGUGUGGGCUUCCUGUUUGUACAAUGACAUUCGGCAUUGCCAGCAGAGCCGUUAUCAGGCUGAGUUAAGGACUGACCACGUUUUCCGUCAUGAGGAAAGAUGUAGAAGUGAGGCAUGAAUUGCUGUGCAUUGUUAGAAAUAGAACAUUUUUCUUGACAGCUCUUUCUGCAUAGGGAAAAGUUUGUAGAAAGAAGGAAUUUGGAUCUCAGAGUGCCAGGACAGUCAUCAGAAAUGUCAAGUAAUAGCACUGCCCAGAUUGAGCAUAAAAGGCUUUGAAUUGUAUGAUCAGAUUUAUGCAAUAAGUUUGAUAAUAGUUUUUUUUGACUCUUCAAGUAUCCAUCCUGCUUGAGAAUAGUAAAGUUCUUGGCAGAAGUUGUGGAUUUCAGUUGUAACAAAUAUGUUUUAAGUAGAGGAGCACAUUCUGGUUUGGUAACUCCUUUUGAGAAUGUAGAAGUGUCAUGUUUCUAAUUCUUCUGUUGUGUUUGUUGCCAGCUUGUCCUAAAGCAAUAAAAAGUUUCUUCUUUUUUUUCUUUUUCUUUUUUUGUAACUUUGUGAGCUGCCAUGAGAACUCUACUAUUUGAACAGUAACUACUGAAUGUUUUUUGAGGCUGAUGAAGCCCAGGGGUGAUAAGCACAUAUUCCUGUGUAAGAGUUAAAGUAGUCGAAAGAUAGCAGCCACUGGGAGUUGUGUAGUAUAAAGUGCAGGAAAGCUUGGGAAGUUAAAGGCAUUUUAACUGAAUGUUGAAAAGCCUUGGCUCUAGUUUUAGGACACUAGAUUGCUUUUUCUUACUUUAGAAAAUCAAGUAGGGUAGAGAAAUAGAAAUAAAUUAGUGGAUCCUUCCCUUCCUUCCCUUCUCCCCCCACCCCCUUGCUGCAUAUGGAUGUUCCCAGGAUUUGCCCUAUUUUAAACUUGAACAGUGAGUAAUGCUUACCAGGAUGUAAUAAAAAACGAAAGCUCCUUUGGCAGUGUUUUAUCUUUACUUAAACAAGUGGCCAAGAAAUGUGAGGAAUAUGCAGGUUGCUGCCGAGAUCGUUUUGUGACUGUGUGCUUGUUUCUUGCUCUAAACUAUUUGUCCUAGGUGAAGUACCGAUAACAUGCUUCACACCUCUCCCUAAGGAGGAAGUAAUUUGCUUUCUUGGUGUUCGCUGUAAUAAGCCUUAAAAUAAAAAUAAAUCAUCUUCCUG